CCCCGGGCCGGCGCGGGCGCUGGGGCUCGAGGCGGGGUGAUGGCUUCCCCGCAGCGGGCAGCCAGGCAGGCGGCCGCCAGUCUCCACCUGCCGGUGAACACCACCACCGGAGUCAGGGUCGUUCAGUACGAACGCGAAGACCCCUUAGAGUCCUUGGUCGCGGAGGCGUUGGCGGCAGCCAUGGAGGAGGAACUGAAGACUGGGAUGCGGCAGGCGCGGGCGUCGGCUGGCAGUAACCGCUCUCCUGUGGAAAAUGAAGGUGUGACGUUCCAGGACAUCAUGAACUUUUCUGAUAUUUACCGCUCCAAUGAAGAGUAUUUCAGGAAACUCAAAGAGCUGAAGGCUGCCCAUGUAGAAACCAUGGCAAAAUUAGAGAAAAUGUACCAGGACAAGCUAAAUAUAAAAGACAUUCGGCCAGUGGUCAUCAGGGAAGAGUCCUCUAGUGUCUCCUCUAGUUCUGCAUCGGAACAGAACUGCGCUCACCCUGUCAUGUUAGUGACGUCGUUUUCAGAGCCUCAGAUAGGCCGGUCGCCCUCGCUGUCCACUACUUCUGACGAGGAUCUGCCCAGCCUGGAGAGAGAGACUCCCAGGGAGAGCAGAAUGGCAGCCUAUGCGAGGGAGCUCAUCAACAACAUGUGGGUUGGCUUUUCCGUAGAAGAUUACAUUCAGUAUGACUCUGACGUCCAGAGAGCUAAGAAAACAAGGAAGAAACCCAAAUCCUGGGUGCCCACGAUCACAGUGCCUGUGCCCUUUCAGAUGACAGUCAGAGAGCAGAAGAGGCGAGAGGAGAUGCUGAAAGCAAGGUCAGGUCUGGAAAGUCGGCAGAAGCUGCCCAAGAGGGACGACGAUGAGGACGAGGCUGAGUGUAAGAAGAAAUUUCGAGCCAACCCGGUCCCCUCUUGUUUGCUCCUCCCCCUUUAUGAGGAUCUGGUCAGACAGAGUGAAGAACGGAGGAGGACCGCCAGGGAGAGGAGCAAAGCCGAGCUCCUGUCCUCCCAGAAGCCUUUUAAGUUCAUUGCCAGGGAGGAACAGAAGCAAGCAGUCCGCGAAAAGCAGCUGAGAGACCUUUUUAAGUCGAAAAGGAAAACGAAGCGGUUUAAAGCCAGACCUGUGCCUCAUUCUAUUUACAGGGCAGCUGCAAAUGACAAGUCAAAGGAGGAGGAGCUCGGUAGGAACGCCAGGACGCAGUCGAGGGACCGAGAACUGCUGCCGAAUUCCUCCGGGCGCUGUAGGCCGGCUUGCAGACAUUUACGGGACCCCCAAAGUACCGAAAAGCCGAGGGGUAGACACAGGUGUAGGUGCCUGAGCCCGAAUGAUGGAGACUUGCCUGAGAAGCACCCGAAGGCGCCGUACUCAGAACACAGCUUUCAGAAACGCUCGACUCUUCGUAAACAGCGUGGUCUUCACGAAUCCCCGUGUGACUCUGCUAAAAGACAGAAAGUCUUGGCAGACGUCGGAUCUGAUGAAGAAAAUCGGAAAGAAACAUGCUGGCUUUAUCUGUCUCCAAGGCGGAAGUCACCAGUCAGGGGUGCGUGUGCAAAGCCCAGGCCUUGUCAGAGCAACCCUCCGAUGUCCACCCAGUCUUCCCGAGGGCGGGAACAAGCCAUCAGGAAAUCACUUGAGGAAAAGAAAAUGUUGGAAGAAGAGAGAAAGCGGAUCCUAGCUAAACAGAAGCAAAGAAUGAAAGAAUUGCAGAAGCUCCUGGCAACCCGGGUUAAGGCUUAUGACUCACACCAGGGCUUAGCCCAGAUGUCUAAAUCCAGAGUAAACCAUCUCAGAAAGAGUGAGAAGGCAAGGAUGAAAGAAUAUUGGCAAGAACUGGAAGAGCGAGCUGAGAAGCUGCAGAAGAGGCCGCUGCUGUUUGAACGAGUUGCCCAGAGGAAUGCAAGGAUAGCAGCGGAAAAGCGCUAUGCUAACACCCUAAAAGCACUAGGACUGCCUGAGGAGUUUGUUUCAGAGAAAGGCCGUGGUGGAAAAGUGCCUGAGGACUUCACCAGGCAAGAGCUGAGAAGCCGCACGUCGGAUAAAGAAAGCUCUUAUGAAGAAGAAAAAGAGAAUGAGGAUGAAAACUGUUUAAGUGAUGCCAACAGCCAGGAUUCUUGCAAGGAAAACACUGAAGAUGUUAAAGAAAGCAGAGAAGAAAAUUCCGAAGACUGAACCCGAAUCACAAGGCUGCCUCUCCCUGAGCCUUUCUGUGUGCAGCCUCAGGGUCAGGACCUCAGCCCUGCCCUUGUGGUGUCGUGAGCAUGUGCUGGGACAGCUCGCACACAUGUAGGACUGCUGAACCAGGACAUCAUGUCUGGGACAGGCUGAGUCCACACAGCGGGUGACUGUUUGCUCGAUGACAGCUGUGCCCCCUGCAGUGUGGAAAUCGCUCUGUAUGCUGCUUGUGGUUCUGUUUGUGUUUUCGAAAGUGUUUGCGGAUUAGAGAGCCACAGCCAUCACAGGUGGAUCAGUUCUGGGAAUGCACAUUCGCAUUUGGUAGGGAAGAGUUUGGUAUUGAGAGACCUAUUAGCUUUUGAAGAUCUAUUUUUAAUUUUACUAAGUAUUUUCAAUUUUCUCUGAACCAUUUUUAAAUAUGUAAUAUACAGAAAAAGAUAGGUACUUAGAAAUUCACAGUAAUUUCUGCACUGAAAAUCUACUGCUAAAUUGUCCACACUAUGGCUACGUUUUCUUCCUCCCUCCCUCCCUCCCUCCCUCCCUCCCUCCCUCCCUCCCUCCCUCCCUUCUUUCUUUCUUUCUUUCUUUCUUUCUUGAUUUUGCCCUUUUUUUGGUGGAGAUUAAAUCCAGGGCUUACACAUACUUCACAUGAAUUCUACCAUUGAACUACACCCCUAAUGCCCCUAAUUUUUUUGACAGGUAAAGUAUUAAGGUAAUUUAUGUUACUUUUAAAAAUCCUGUGUAUUAUUGCAUAUAGAGUCAUUUUGGCCUUGGUGUGUGGUAGUCUGUUUGUUUGUUUGGUUUUGGUUUUUUUGUUUUGUUUUUUUUUUUUUGUUUUGUUUUUCGAGACAGAGUUUCUCUGUGGUUUUGGAGCCUGUCCUGGAACUAGCUCGGUUUUGGUUUUUUGAUACAGGGUUUCUCUGUGUAUCUCUGGCUUUCCUGGAACUUGUUCUGUAGACCAAACUGGCCUCAAACUCAGAGCUCCGCCUGCCUCUGCCUCCAGAGAGCUGGGAUUAAAGGCAGCACCCCCACUACUCAGCGUGUGUGGUAAUCUUAACUGAGAGAUACAAGCCCCUGUUCUAAAUAUGCUGAAAUUGUCAUCCUAAUUUGCCAAAGGAAAAUCCUAAAAGUAAUUCAAAUUUACUGUUUUUAUUGCUAACUUACUUGUGCUUAACUAUGUACACACUGUUGCAAAUUUACUGUCACUGUUCAAGGUUUAAUUUGAUCUUGAGUCAUUUUUCCCUCUUUAAGCACAUUUCUGUUUUGGAAAUUAAAGCUCAUCUUUAAAAUGCUUCAGGGUAAGACAUUGCGUGUCUAACAAUUAGCUUUACAAAGGACGAAUAAUAGAGGCGGGUGAGGGCCUCUCCCAGCCACCUCAGUACGCUUGGUAAGGUGUGUUCUCAGCUGGGGCGCUUGUUCAGUCACUCGCCAGUAUUUUUAGAUCGCAGCAUUUGAGAAGAGUUGCGUUCGUGUUGCAUUAGCGGCUCACGCAGGGUCGUGCAUGCGGUAGACAACUUAAUGCAGGUCUGGAUAAGUGGAUGAAUGGCUUCCAAUUAUAGCUACUUCAGAGUGAUUUAGAAACAUUUCCAACUUACUGAGGGCUUGUAAAACAGCCCACAAACUGUCAUAUUUAGAAGGUUACUUCUCUCGAUUUCAUGGAGAGAGUGUGGUUUGAGGACAGUAACGACUUCAGGAUCGGUCUUCAGUUUUCUUACCUGCUGAGAUGUGGAAAUCUGUAGCAGCCUGCUCCUAGUGCAGGGGAGGAAACCCGGGCAAAGCCCCUCCCCAGCCUCUUUGUUGUUUUCUGUCGUUUGGCUUUGCUUGUUUGUUUGAGAGCUUGCUUUGUAGCCCAGAUUGGCCUCAAAUUUUCAAUCCUAUUUUAGCCUCCAGAGUGCUAGAAUUACAGAUGAACAACCCAUCCCCAAGACUUUAUACUUUUUCCUUCCUUCCUUCCUUCCUUCCUUCCUUCCUUCCUUCCUUCCUUCCUUCCUUCCUUCUCCUCCUCCUCCUCCUUGUUCUCCUCCUCCUCCUUCUCCUCCAGGGUGUAGCCUUGGCUGUUCCAAAUCUUAUUCUGUAGACCAGGCUGGCCUCAAACUCAAAGAUCUGCUUGUCUCUGACUCUCUGUGUACAUCUGUGUGCAGGUAUGUGAAUGUGAAUUCAGGUGCCUAGGGAGGUCAGAAGAGUGUGUCAGCUUCCCUGGCAUUGGGGUUCCAAGUGUUUUAAGCUGACUGCUGUUGGGUACUAGAAGCCAAGCUUGUGUCCUUUGCAGGAGCAGUGCAUGCUCUUAGGCACUGAGCCGGCUCUCCAUGUCCAACCAGCUUGAUACUGUAAUUGCAAAAUUAUCAUUAGGUCUCAGGAAUGAUCUCCAAAAAAGACCAAGAAAAGAAUAUGGCUCAUGGUUUGGUUGGCAACUAUUUUCUUCCUUUUUUAUAAUUUUUUUUAGAGAUUUAUUUUUACUUUAUGUGUGGGUUUCUGCCUGCAUGUGUCUUGUCUGUAUACCAUGGACAAUAGAGUGCACUGGGAAUAGGGUGUCAGAUUUCCUGGAACUAGAGUUGCCAUUGGUUGUUAACCUCCUGAGGGUGUUUGGAAUUGAACCUGGGUCCUCUGGAGCGGCCAGUGCUCCCAAAGGCCUCUUACUGUGUUUUUAUGUUGCUGAGGCUGGCACUGUGCUCAAUGAAGACAGAAAGAAAACCCUCUAUUCUGAGCUUUCCUUGCAGCUAGGAGGGUGUAUUAUACCAUAUUAGCCAGGAAGAAGUGAGCUUGGGAACCCUCUGGAGGGUCUUAAUUCAAGAGAUGUAGCUGGAUCCUUGUCUCCACUGUCUGCGAUGCCGAACAUGCAGCGAGAGUCAUCAUUUACUGUUUGAGGACUGCUUACUUUUCCAAGAAGAAAGGUAACUGCGUUAACCUGUGAGGAUGGAACCACAAAAUAGGCUGUCAACGUGGAGCACAGCACCGGAGCCUUGCUUGAGUAAUAUUUCUGUUCUCUUUGGACUAUUAAUAAAGAGCAUGACCACCUCUUCUUGGGGACUGUUGACUGUUAAGAGUCACUUGGGAGGGGUGCCAUUGCUGCUACGGGCCUGUUGUAAAGAAGGGGUCCUGAGGAAAAGGAAGGUAUUGAGGGUGAAUAUAGACCUUGUAUGUGUGUGCACAACCCAGCAGGUAAAGGAAAAGAGCGUGGUGUAGUUUGCCACAAAGAUAAGCUAUCUCAUCAUGCUUUAGGAUGGAAGAAACUACAGCUCCCAUCUGCCACCCCUGAAGGCUGUGCCAAGAGAUGUGUGGCAGGAAGCAGGGCAGGAGAGAACCAAAGAAAGUCAGUAUUCCAGACAUGAUGGCUCAGCUCCAUCUUGUAAUCCCAGCGCGCAAGAGGCUGGGGCAGGAGAAUUGCUUUGAGUUCAAGGCAUCCUAGGCUACAUAGAGAG